UUAGGUACCGUUAGAUGCUCCCUUAGAUGUCUCUGACAAUAUGUUAUCAGGUGAGAUACCAAGUAGUCUUGGGAGCUGCACAAGUCUAGAAUACCUAUACAUGAGCGGGAACAGUUUCCAAGGGUCCAUUCCUUUGUCUCUUAGUUCAUUGAGAGGUCUCCAAGAAUUGGAUUUUUCUCGCAACAAUUUAUCUGGACAAAUUCCUGAAUUUUUGGCAAGCUUUAAUUCAUUGCUCCGAUUGAACUUAUCUUUCAAUGAUUUUGAAGGUAUAUUGCCAACUGAUGGAGUCUUCGAGAACACAAGCAUUACUUCAGUAAUGGGAAACAACAAGCUAUGCGCAGGCAUAUCUGAGUUCCAGCUUCCUGUUUGCCACCUCAAAAGAUCCAAGAGGAGACUAAAGAUAAUCAUUGCGACCGUGAUAGGACUAUCAGGAGCAAUUUUUGUGGUGUUGUCUUUUCUAGUUCUUUUGAGGUUUAAGAAGAACAGACCAAAACCUGCUUCAUCCAAUUCAGAUGAUCCUCUUCUGAAAGUUCCCAAGGUGUCAUAUAACGAUCUCAUAAGGCCACUGAUGGCUUCAUCUCUUCAAAUUUAAUUGGUAGUGGCAGUUUUGGAUCUGUAUAUAAAGGAAUUCUUAACGAAGGCAGGCAAACCGUAGCUGUUAAAGUUCUUAAUCUCCAAUAUCAUGGUGCGGCCAAGAGUUUCACGGCGGAAUGUGAAGCCUUAAGGAAUAUCAAACAUCGAAAUUUGGUAAGGAUUGUUACUGCAUGUUCGGGUGUGGACUAUCAGGGCAAUGACUUCAAGGCACUAGUUUAUGAGUUCAUGGUCAAUGGGAGUCUCGGGGAAUGGUUGCAUUCAUAUGUUCAAGUAAAUAGGACGCAUGAGGGAUACAAGAUUUUAAAUCUAAUUCAGAGAGUAAAUAUUGCAAUUGAUGUUGCU